GUUUCGCAAAAACGAAACGGUGGAACCUAUUUGAAUUUUUUUGAAACCAAAACCCCGCCAUUUUCGUAGUCUCCACAAAAUGUCUAAUCGAAUCCAUGAUAGAAAUUCCUUUUUUCGUUCUCAACUACAACAUCGCAGAUUUGGGGAAGAAACGCUUGGUAUUCUGGAAUCAAUUUUAGUUUCAAAGGAUGUAAAUUCCUUACUGGAAAUUAGAUCUAUCUUGAUAGAGUUUCUCCGAUCAGAAGCUGUAUUAGUUUUUCAAGAGAUUUUAGAGAAAUCUGUCAAGGAGAAGCUUUUCGUACUUGAGUUCUUCGUUCGUGCUUUUGCUCUUUCUGGUGAUGUUGAGAGUUGUUUGGCUUUGAAAUAUGAGGCAUUAGUUAUAAGGGAUCAAAAGUGUGUGAAUCAAGAAGGUUAUCAAGUUACUCAUGAGGAGUGGCUAACUUUUGCUGAGGACUCGCUAAAUAACGGAUUCCAUUCCAUUGCAAUCAAGGGUUUUGAAAAUGCCCUUUUAGGGGUUCAACCAAGCGAUGUGACAGUGCGCGGGGAAGACAUUUCUGCUCAUGCGCAAGUUGCUGAAAAAAUUAAGAAACUCAAAGAUGUAGCAGUUGCAUCAGUUGCUUCACAUUCUGUUCGGGCGCAAAGUGCUGAGCACAUGAAGAGGAAAAUAAUACAGAAGAAUGAUCAGAUAAUUCCAAGGGACACACAAUUAGCAAGUUCACUAUUCAGAAAUGGCAUCAAGAAGCGUAACAUGCAGAUACUCCGUGUACUUCAAAGCUUGCAUCAGAUUAACACUGAAUCAUAGAUAGCUUAGUACUUUUCCCAGGUUUGUUGAUUCGAUGAAGUCUUGGCAACCGACAUGUGGAUAGUGGGAUCAAGGGUACGUAGAUGGAGGUACAUUGCAGUUACAGGUAUCGAAGGUACAUUUUACACGUGAAGCGUACAAAUAAAAGCAGGAAUGUCAAAGGACGGAAGCAUACGUGGAAACUGGAAUCACAAAACAAAUACAUGGAUAUGAAAAUAGCUGACUGCAUUUUUGCUCCGUACUUCCCUUCAGAUGAUCCCAA